AAUUCUCUUCUCUUGGCAAGAUGUGUUGCAACUACGGCAACUCCUGUGGCUAUGGCUGCGGAUAUGGCUAUGGUUAUGGAUGUGGUCCCUAUUAUGGCUGUGGCUAUGGCCUGCGUUAUGGCUGUGGCUAUGGCUCCUGCUGUGGCUAUGGCACCAGAUAUGGCUGUGGCUAUGGCUAUGGCUCCAACUUCUGUGGCUACCGGCCAUUUUUCUAUAGAAGAUGUUAUUCCUCUUGCUGCUAGAAUAUCACUGUCCAAGCCCCACUUGCUUCUGAAAUGACACGUCUUAAGAGAAGACUCAUUCAAGGAUCUAUACCCCAAGAUUUAUACAUCGGGAACACUUCAUGUGUCAUAGAAGAUUUGACCUCCAGUAACAUUUGUGGCAUGUUAUCUUGCGAAUUGAGGCUAUGGAGUAUCAUCUAACAGUUUUCCAAAAAGUGUUGGCCUUACUACCUUAAUAUGGAUUCUGUGACGUGACUGUGGUGAGGAUCUGAACAUCCCACAUUUGGGCAAAUCCCUUAUUCUCAAUAAAAAUGUUUCAGUCCUUCC